AAAAAUUUCCGUGUUGCUGUACAACAUACGAAUAUUAUUGAGUACAUUGUCAUUCAUUUAACACGUGAAAAUCUGGAGUUGAAGACCUAUGGUGCUCUUACUAUAUUUAAAGUAAGUCGAACAGAGAAUAUUCUCAACUUUGCGCCCCCUAUUUCCCAGAGUGUUGAAACAUUGAGUUGUGAAUGUGAUCAUACACAAUCCAGUUUAUCCAGAAGAUUUUUGAAUUGUCUGUAGCCUGGUUUACAUUGUGAAACUUUCUGUAAACACAGUAGGAAUGUACUGCGUAGGUAAAUUCUAAGUUUUUAAAGUGCAUAUGACAUGAAAUUUCUUAUUUUCUUAAAUGAAAGAACUCUUUAAGCUGUAGUGUAACUUAUUUUUCAGUUUCUUGUUUUGAUGGUUUGUUCCAGAGAUAUAAUUUGUUUGAUAUGUAAAUGAAUGUGAAUAUGCCCGCUAAUUUAUGACGUCACAUUGGUUGCAAGCUCUUCAAAAUGGUUGAAUAUCACUGCUAUCAUCCAAUAUGAUAAUUUCAAACUUCACUCACUGGUAAAUGUGAUGAAACACUGUAGAAAAACGUGAAGUGAUAUCUACAGUUUUUAAAGUUAAUAGAUUUAUAAGUUGAGCUUGCAACCAAUGUGACGUCAUAAAUUAGCGGACAUAUUCACACUAAUUUACAUAUCAAACAAAUGGAAAUAUCUCGGGAACAAACCAUAAAAACAAGAAACUGAAAAAUAUAUAAGUUACACUACAGUUUAACUGAAGAGUUCUUCAUUUAAGAAAAUAAGAAAUUUCAUGUCAUAUGCACUUUAACGAUUUGUAAGAAAUGUUUCAGGAAACUGACUCAAUGUUAAACAGUGAGUCAGUUCGUUGAAACACUUUUUACAAAACUUAGAAUUUCCUAUGCAAAAUUCCUACUGUGAUAACUGAAAUUUUGUGCAAAACAGGCUUAUGAUGUAAUUUGUCCACGGAUUAUUUAUCUUCGACGAGGGUACUUCGACGAAAGUAUACUUCAGCGAGUGAUGUCGGUCAUAAAUUUAAUUUGUUUUCUUACAGUGUGCUGAAGAGAAAGAAACUCGAGACAUCGUGUAUGAACAUGAUGGCAUUCUUCCGAUCAUGGACUUGCUUUCAUUAAAAGAAAGAAAUGCUUUGGCUGCGGCAACUGGCGCCGUGUGGAAAUGUGCGCAGAGCGAAGAAAACGCAAAACGGUACGUUGGUAGGAAUGGUUUACCACUUAAAGGACAUUGGCAAUAAAAAAUUAGUUUAUCUCAUUCAAAAGAACUCUUAGAAUUAUAUAAGAAACUCUAUUACCGAUUUGUCGAAAUAUUUAGACCGAAAUUAAUGAGCUGUCCGCCAUUUUGGACCAAUUCUUGACCUCAUUAACUAUGGUUUUGAUGACGUCAAGAGUUGGGUUGACCAUUCAAACACUCAUUACUUUCGAUGCAAUGGAAGUGUUGAUAAAACAUUGCACCAAUUCCUUUCCUCAAGUUGAUCAAUCCAUUUGAUAGAAAAUUGAUCAACUUCCUGUUACUUUUAGAUGAGCCAAUAAGAUUUCGUUUCAGAACCGAUUGAUCAAUAGGAAACACACAGGAAGUGAAAAGAAAUUUGAAUUCGUAUGAAUUGAUUCAACUUGAGGAAAUGAAUUCAUGCAAAAUUUUAUCAACACUUCCAUUGCAUCGACAGUAAACCAUUCAAACACUCAUUAAUAAAAUGACACACUGAUAAAACUCAUCUUCAUUAGAAGUCCAUCCUAAUUAGUAUUCUUCAUAUUAAUGAGACGGCAUCUAUUAUAGUCGUGUUUGAAGCUAUUCAAAACACCUGUAGUCGUGUUUUAUCAUUUCCAAAAUGCUCGUGCUGCGCACUAUCAUUUUAAAUAUGACAAAAUACUCCUAUACGCGUGUUUUAAAUAGUUUUACAUUGACGUAUUAAAAUAAGUGACGGUUCAUCAUUCAGCAAAACGGUAUUAUUUUCCUAGUAAUAAAUUACCAUAUAUUUGCAAACGAGAGGUUGUUCAUGCAGCAAUAUGCUUGAUCUACGAGAUCUUCUUCAGUUCCCUUAAUCGGCGUUUAAACUUUCGUUUGAACAUGGUGACUUGUUUCAAUGCAUCAAAAUUAUCCCACCUUCCAUAUCCCAUCUUCCCAUAAACUGCCCCUUAAAGGCACAUUUCCACUCAGGAAAAUUUUCCGCAGGAAGAUAAUUUUGUAAAAUGUGAUUGGCAGACAUGAAAAAUUUCAAAUUUUAACAAUGACAUUUUCGGAAAAUUUUCUGUCCGUGGAAAUUUUUCUUGAGUGGAAAUGGGCCUUAAGAAUGGCACAGCAAACAAAAGCAAGCAAGCAAGCAAAGCAACUAUAACUUACUCCUGUUUCUUCCAGGUUUCUUCAUCAAAGAUUCGCGCGAACAAAUUCGCUAGUGGAAAACAGGCUUAAGCAAGCAACGUUUGUGUCACAACAUGGACGUCACCCGAAGAUUUGUAUAACUAAUUUUGGCGGCAUUUUGCUUCAUAGCGCUCAUGUAAGGAAGAAAUAAAACUUUUCAUCACAGGGAUUGAACCAUUACAGUUGUGGUGGGUUCAAUUUCUGUCCGCCAUUGCAGAAUUUUCCCUUUGAAACCUUGUCUCUGGCAUACUUUAUCUCAAACCUCCGAAUGUAAGUCCCCUUGUAUAAGCACAUCAUAUUCACUUGCGAUAAGGACAUCUCAGCGAACGUUGCUAAGGCGAUCUAUAACAGUAGCGUUGAUGCAGGAUGCAAAAUGUAAGUUAAAAUGUAAUUAGAGUUUGGGCGGAUACGUAACAGGAACCGUGAUUUCCCCUCGACCCAUUAGUGUUUUAUACACACUAAGGGCGCUUUCCAUUUAAUGGCCUGGCCGGUCAGACCCAAAUUUUUGUCUCUGUAUCAAUGGAAAGAUUUGGUCGAUGUUUCUCAAAUAUCUAGCGAAAAUGGACCUCAUUCUAAUUUUAUCUAAAUUUUCAGGUCAGAUAAGUCUGAAGCCCAAACGUUUUGUGUUCCAUUCAACAAUUUGACCGUUCUGACCGGUCUGACAGUGCUAAUGGAAAGCGCCCUUAGUUAGCUGCUCUGACAAUAGAACGUAUAUAAUGUCUGCAUCGAGUUUCCACGAAAUCUUCUUAUUAAUUCUAUUAACUAUGUUCUGAGCAAAAGAAAUUCUUAGUUGCCAAUUGAAGAGCUCUCGAACCGGAGAGAUAUAAAAUAUACUAAAUAUAUUUCUUGCCUAUACCCUUCUUUUAGUCACAUCAGUUUUCACAGAACAUUGAAAACUAUAGUUAACAAUCUAACCCGACCCGUGACUCGUAGUAGCAACAUCUGUACCUGGCUUUGAUAUAUCAUUUGAAAAUCUACGACAUUCUUUUUUGUGAAGGAUUUUCAAGCAAAUGGAUGGCAUUCGGUUGCUAUGGACACUGCUCAAGUCAUAUGACGAUGAGGUAUGUUGAUUGAAAUUAGGAACGGCAUGUGUUUGUAUUGUAUUGUGGGGUGUGUUUCGAAGUACAUACAUUUUUCAUUCUCCUUUCAAGGUGAUAAUCAACUCUGCGUGGGCUUUGUGUCUUCUUAUUGAUGACGAUCAGGUAUAUCAAUAAUCAAUAAUCAAUCAAAGAAUUGAUCAAUCAGAUAAUUAGCUAAUCAAACAAUCGAUCGAUGAAGUCAAUCAAUAAUUUAAUUAUUGAAGUCAAUCAGUGAAGUCAAUCAAUAUAUCAUUCAAUCAAUGGAUUGAGCAAUUCAUCCAUUCAAUCAGUGAAGUCAAUCACUCAAUCAAUAAAGUAAUCAAUCAAUCAUUCAAUCAAUAAAGUAAAUCAAUCAUCCAUUCAAUCGAUGAAGUAAAUUAUUCAAUCAUUGAAGUAAAUCUUUCAAUCAUUGAAUCAAUAAAGCUAGCAAAUCAAUAAUCCAUUCAAUCGAUGAGAUAAUUAUCCAGUCAUUGAAGUAAAUCAAUCAAUCAUUCAAUCAAUAAAGUAAAUCAAUCAUUCAUUCAAUCAACGAAGCAAUCACCAACCUCGUCCCCAGGCUCUUUCCUCCACAAGAGGGAAGAGCCUGGGAACGAGGCUGGCCAAUCACUCACUCAAUUAAGUAAAUCAAUCAUCCAUUCAAUCGAUGAAGUCGAUCAAUCAAUUAUUCAAUCAAUAAAUCAACUGAUUGCAACAUUUGUGUUUUCCUUCGAAACAGACUGACGCCGAGAACAUUCGUUCUUUUGUCGGUGGUCUGGAAAUAUUGGUGAAUUUACUCAAGUCUGAAAAUCUCGAGGUUCGUGCAAUGUCAACUGAUAACUGAUUGACAUGUGUCAUUUUAUACUGAAGAGUGGACUAAUUACAAGACUACUGGAAGUCAUAAGUUAUAUGUUCCCAUUAAUAACGAGCAAUGGUUAGAUUAGGGUUAGAUCUAACCCUUAGUCGUUUCCUACUACAGGUAUUAACAUCAGUGUGUGCUGUAAUAUCAGUGGUGGCAGUUGACUAUCAAAAUGUUGGCAUUAUUUCUGACUAUGACGUUGUCCCUCUACUAGCUGAGUUAACUAAUGUGGUAAAUAUAUCGUUUGUAUAUUUAUUUUGUUUAUCAAGGAUUAAUACAAGCACUUUUAAAACUCAAAGUUCUUCCGAAAAAAGGACGUAAACUAAAAGCUGGUAUCAAUCCCUGGUUUAUGUGUAAAUACCGAGUACUUCUUCACUUCUUUUAUUUCAAAUAUCAAAAUUGACAAAAAUAUUCUUAUUUAUUUAGAAAGAUAACCGGUUACGAAGAUAUCUCGCUGAAGCCAUUGCAAGGUAAAGUCCCGUGGAAGAGUUUACUCGCCUGUGUGUCAUACGACAAAAACAUUUUUUUCAAUCAACAUUUCCUUCGGAAUUUAAUUUCUGCUUACAACUAAAUAAAAAUUUCCCAUGAUAAUUUCAAAAUAAACGAGCAAUGGUUACGUAAGACGACUGUAUAGUCAAGUUCUCCUUGUUCAAAAGCUGGUAUGACUAAGUAAAUUUUGAACAAGUUUCGUUGUGAAUGAAAAACUUGUCAAUUUUUGCCGUUCACACGACCAAGUAAAACUUGUCAAGGAAAACUGCCAAUCAAGGAAGACGUAAAGCCAUUAACGAGUAUAGAGGAACAUCGAGGGUAUAGUGGAACGUCUUGAAACGUUCCUCUCUAAAAUACCAGAACGGGAAAUUUUGCUUUUCGAGUUCAUACGAGGCUGGACCACAAUGUUUGAGCACAACCAACCGAUCGAAUUCCCAUGUGGACAAAUGGAAUCGGUUACUGAAUUACUGUUCCGGUUUUCGUCUUGAUCUCAAAUUGUUUUCAAAAAUACCGUACAUCAAUUAAUUACCCUCUAUUUUAUAUUUUUUAUAACCAAUUCUACUUAUAAAAAUUUCAGAUGCGGUGUAUUUGGUGAUAAUGCGAAAGCAUUCCGUACCUCAGGAGCGGUAUCCAAGAUCGUCAAAUAUCUGUAUAUUGAAGACACUCCUCUGCAAGAAGCCACUGUACGAGCUUUGUACCAGCUGUCACGUGACCCGGCGAAUUGUGCCAUCAUACACAAACAUGGCGGAGUUAAGGUUGGUGCGAUGUCUACAAGAAAAAUAAUGGAAAUAGUGUGUUAGUGUGAGAUUAGAAAUCGCUGUUUUAUACAGCAUGGUUUUCAAUUACGGUAAUUCCGCAGUAAUUGUUCCCAAAAUGAGAAUGUGCUGAAACUUCCCAGGCAUGGAGUUUAUGAUAUAUUUAAAGUAAAAUCACCCAAAAAAGUUGGGGUCAUCGAACUCGUUAAGAAGAUAUGACAGUCACAAUAUACCACCUUUAGUGCUUUACCCCAAUUUGGCGCCAUCAUUACGAGUAACAGCAAAAUCACAACAGCCGGACAUUUAUUGACGUUUUUAGCGCGGAUUUUGCUUUAGUAAACCUAUCUUGUAAUUAUUUUUGAAAAAAUAUUGUGUUUUGAGCAAAAUGAAAAUACUAGCGUGUACAAUUCUGAUUCACAAAUGUCUUUUCCACAUUCUUUACAUAUCUUUCUUUGAGAACAUGCAUUGAUAAAGGAUUUUUUUUCAAGAUCCAGAAAUGAUUUUUCUUUUAAUUUCGGAUAUGAAAUGUAAAAUGCAAUAAAGAAAUAAAUUAUCAGUUAAAAAACGGGGAUCACCGAUCUUUUUUAGGGAAUUGAGGCAUUAAAACGUGAAAUACAAGUAAAUAAACAUACUACAGACACAGGAACCCCAGCUCACUCUUGCAUGCCUUUUUUGAAAACAUUAAUUUUAACGUAAUUCUUUGCACAAAUGUAAACAAAGAUGUUUUGAAGUAACAUAAAAUUGUCAUAAAUUUUUUUUUUAAACGGUACGUAUAAUGGACGAAACUAUAAGUUAUAGGAUGUGCGCAGUAAAAGUGCGCAAUGCAAAACUGCGGAAUUACCUUAAGCACUAUCUUAAACAGUCUGUACCAGUGUGGGUAGUGGCAAUAAUGAGGAAGCUUCGGAUUGAUAGGGAUACAACUACCUGAAAAACACAAGGAGAACUUCGACGUUUCGAGCGUAGGCCCUUCGUCGGAAGUUUGUUGUAGACUUUGCUACUAACUUCCAGCUUUCCGGCUCGAAACGUCCAAGUUCUCCUUGUUAACUUUAUUCAUGGUGAAUAGCUCCACAGUUCUAAAUUAUUCUCUCCAGAGGUCCAGUAGUCGAGGCCCACAGUGUUACUACAGGAGGAAAAUCUUUCUAUAGAACUAAAUAUAAAACUUUAUUUAUAAUGAAUAGAUCUAACAGUUUUAAAAUGUUUCACUUAGUCUUAGAGGUACAGAAAGAACAUCUAUCAUUGCCCCAGUUUUACAAAAGAAGAACUAAAAUUAUCGCUUGAAUUAACCUAUCUGGAACGUACGUCGCCUUGGCUAUAUAUAGGGCGAUGUUUUCAUGAUUCAGACCCCGACUUUAACUAAUGUCACAUACACGAAACGAGGCUCGCGAUAGCCUCGGAAGGGUGCAUUAUACUGGGUAGCUGUAUCAGUUCUACACUGUUCUCCCCAAAGUCCAGUAAGAGGCAUCUCUUUUCUGAAGACUAGACUGUUUCGUAGAGUCGAACCGGAAGCACUCUUCUCUUCAACCCCAUGACUUACACACGUGAAAGGGAUACAUACACUAACCACUGUGUGACACUCUCUUGUAGUUACUUCUCGAGAUGGUGGCUCAGACGAUCCUGACUUACAGGAAGCCGCGGCAGGCUGCUUGGCAAAUAUAA